AUGGAUAAUUUUGUGGAGCGAUCCCCGCUCCCUCGCAUCGACGGCUGCCCCUUUUCCAUCCCAACAAGCCGGGGCUGGAGGGUUCAUUCCCUGGUUUUUGUCUCCCCGUGGUGUUUCCCCGCAGGAGAUCCGGCUCCUCCUCCACGGACCCCCCCGCCCCCCACCCCGAGGGAGCCGCGCUGGGACAGCACCACCCCGAGGGGAACCGGCCCCACUUCCAGCCCUUCUCCGGCGGGAGAGCCCGGAGCUGACGGGACAGCACCGGAGACAUCCACGCUGGGAGAGGGGACAGCCCCCCUGCCCAGCGCCCCCACGGACCAUGCCACAGCUUCCACGCAGACCUUGGCCUACUCCAUUGGGUUCCCAGCGCUCCUGCUCACCGGGAUCGUGGCCUGCUGCUGCUGGAGGAGGAGGAAAAUGCGCCCAGGCCGGGGCUACGACGUCACCCCCAGGGACAUUCCCAUGGUGGCUCCCCCCGGGAUCGAUCCCACGGGAUGAGUGCCCAAAGCCGGGAAAACCUUGGCAUGGCCGAGCCCCAGGGACGCUCCAGGAUGGCGGGGAAGGGCGGAGGAUUCCCUGAGCGCUGCCAUGGGCUCCGCGUGGAGCAGCCUCAUCCCGAGGGACGUGGGGCUGCUCAUCCCAGCCUGAAGCGUGGAAUCAUGAAUCCCAUGGAAUCCUGAAUCCUAUGGAAUCCUGAUUGCCAUGGAUCACACGGCUCCAGGUCCCACAGCCGAGGGUUCCACCCUCGGACACAGUUCCGGGAUCCUUUGGAAGCACUUCCAGCACCGAUCCAGGCUCCAGAUUCCUUAUCCCCCCCUGGCUCUGGCUGCUCCCACGGAUCCCAACCUGGAGCAAAUUCACUACAGGCCCUUCUCAAAGGCCAAGCUUAGGGAAUAUUCCAAGAAGAAUAUUUCCA